AUGGCGACGUCAACGGCUUCUCCCUCUCAUACCAACACCAAAUCCCCCACGAUUCGACGCAUACUCCGCGAGGCUGCAGAGCUUUCAAAUACGCCGUCUCCCGACUACACCGCCGAACCGCUGGAGUCGGAUCUCUUCGAAUGGCAUUUCACCCUUCGAGGACCGCCAAAUUCCCCCUAUAGCCAGGGGAUAUACCAUGGUCGCAUAAUCCUACCUCCAGCAUAUCCGCUUCGACCCCCGAGCUUUCGCUUCUCCACCCCAAAUGGCCGCUUCGAGGCCAAUCGUGAGAUCUGUCUCAGCAUCAGUGGCCACCAUGAGGAAACAUGGCAACCAGCAUGGGGCAUCCGAACCGCCCUUGUCGCGCUCCGCAGUUUCAUGGAAACAGAUGUUCUAGGUCAGUUGGGUGGCCUGGAAACCACUGAAGCAGUCCGCCGCCGCCUUGCUCAAGAAUCGACGUCCUUCAAAUGCGCAGUCUGUGCGAGGACAAAUGCAGAUAUCAUUGCCGAAUGCGAGGAUCGGUGUAAACAAGCUGCUUCCUCAAGUUCAGACAUAUCAGUUCCCGCUGAGCUGAACAUGGCCUGGAGGGAUGAGCUUGAGACGACAAGGGACCAAGCAUCAUCGCCUGGUUCGAACCGGAUCCCACCUCGACCCAGUUCCGGGGAGGGAACAUCUGACGCAGCUGAGCUCGCAGAGGGUUUUGUACAAACUACUCCCAGCCGUCCAAAUGACGUGAUAGCACAACCAGCAUUGCCGAUGCAAGCUCCUGGGACUCGGCGAAGCUCCUCGACUACCCACCAGGUGAGAACGGGAAGCGAUGAGGUGCCUUUGUGGAUAGAUAGGGUCAUUGUAGCGUUGGUGAUCUUGCUAGCCGCAUUGGUUCUGAAAGUGUUGUUAGGUAGAUGA